CGGGCUCGGGCUCGCGAUGAAGAUCCUCCGAUGGCUCCUGAAGGGCCGGGGUUCAGCCCCCACCCUCACCCCCACCCCGGCCCUCACCCCCACCCCCACCCCGGAUCCGGAUGCUGCUCCCAGACAGCUGGAGCAUUUCUCGAAGUUCUCGCCAUCGCCGCUCUCUAUGAAACAAUUCCUGGACUUCGGUACCAGAAACGGUUGUGAAAAGACCUCCUUCAUAUUUCUACGACAAGAACUUCCAGUACGGCUUUCGAAUAUCAUGAAGGAAAUCAGCCUACUUCCAGAUAAUUUGCUAGGAACUCCAUCUGUUCAAACUGUUCAAAGUUGGUAUGUGCAAAGUCUCACUGAUAUUCUGGAAUUUUUGGAUAAAAGCCCUGAUAGUUACAGAGUUUUGUCAGACUUUUCAGAUACACUGAUCAACAUUCGAAAUCGGCACAAUGAUGUUGUCCCAACUAUGGCCCAGGGAGUCAUAGAAUAUAAAGAAACAUUUGGGGUGGAUCCCAUAGUUAAUCAAAAUGUGCAAUACUUUUUAGACCGAUUCUAUUUGAGCCGAAUCUCUAUCCGCAUGCUCAUCAACCAGCACAGUAAGUAUGAGUGAAAAGCUUUGAAAUGAACACUGACAGCUUACUGUAAUACUACUUUAACUAGAAAUAUGCCACAUGUUGCCAUGUCAAACCAAAAAGGUAGGUACGCAAUAUGGCAGAUGUUGGGUAUGCAAAGCAAAGCAAAGCAAAGCAGAAAAGCUGACCAGCAUUAACCUCUGUGGAAAGAGAAAAAGAAUAAUGGAGGCAAGGGAAAGAUAGAACAUGUGAAAGAGAAUUGCACCCUUCCUGUUGGCAACAAUCUAAUAUCCAGCUAAAUGAACCAAAUGGACACCCUCAGACUUCAAGAUACUAUGGCCGCAUACACUUUUACAUGCGUGUCUUAGAGUACAGCUACAAUUAGUGAUAGUAGAGGGUCCAAUUCGUUUCCAUCACAUGGCUAACCAGGAAUCUGCCCUGCUUUUGUAGUCUGUCAUUGACAUAUGUUGGAAGGAUUGACUAGUUGAUUUGGCCACAUUACGAAUCCACCCUCUUUGAUAAUCAAGUAUUGGAGUAGAACUUGAAGCCCAAGCUUCUGACUCAAGGAACAAAAACUAUUAACUGUGUCACAAGACCUCCCCUUUAUUUUUAUUUUUCUUAAUUUUAUAGUUUCUCUUUUUAGGUUUCAGUAAAAUUUUGGUAUUUUGUCCUCUCCCUCUGAUGAGAGAAUGGGCAUAAAGUACACCCUUAACAUUCUUGUUACAAUUAAUGGGACGGAUGAGCUGAUAAUCAAACCUCACUACUCCACAAGUCAUAACAUUAGUGUCGGAUUUUUAAUUCAAUCACCAAAAUGGCCAAGUGAUUUCUUUUUAUUACCUUUUAUCAUAAUAAGAGAUUUUCACUUGGUUUCUUUAAUAAAAUCAAAAACAACUCAUGUAUUAUAAACCAAACUUUUUCUUUCAACAAGUGGAAAAAUAUGUUAUCAACUAAGCAUACUCAAAGUAUCAAACUAAGUAUAUCCCAUCCGGGAUAACACAGUGUGGAGCUGGAGGAACACGGCAGGCCAGGCAGCAUCAGAG